CUGGCUGCAUUUGGUUCGGCACGACGCGCGUCGCCUUGGGAUUGGAGAGCGAGGAGACGGCGGCGGCUCGUCGUGAGCGGGCACGUGGCGCGACCGCCGGUGACGGGGAAAGACACCUGAGCCGCCCCCCGGAAUGAUAGCGCCGGCGCGGAUUCCGUACACGUCAAGAAAGGAGACGUGCUGCAGCUGAGAAGCGGCUGUCUGUUCUUCUCUACUUAGCUUCAACUGUUGUGUCCACAAGUCGACGCACGCUUUGAUGUAGCCAAGUUUGAUGCCCCAUGCCGUGUACUCGUCACAUCAUAGUCGUCAUAAUCCAGGAUUGAGUUGAGCCACUAAGCAUACGAUUCUGCAUUUGCCUUUACUUGCCUCUUCAUCACUCGAAUCGGUUUGGUGGGAGAAGAUGUGAUUCGUGUCGCACUGUUUUCAGCAUGUUUGUUAUGCUGAGAGGUGAAUGAAUACACACACGUGAUUUGUGCAGUUUUUUUUUUAAAAAAAGAAGAAUUCAGUUCCUUUGAAAAUCUUCAUCAAAGCCCAGUUGCGGACCGCAGCUUCAGUCAAUACUUGGGCCCAACAAAUUCAGCAGGGCUGAGGAGUUUAUUUGGGCCGGACCGGACCAGGCCGGGCCGAGGCGGCAGCGCGACGCCCUGAAGUCAUCCGUGCAUCUCAAGCACGAGUCAUCGAUCGGUCCGACGCCAACACGUGCCGUACACGCCGGCGCGACAUCACCGCCUCCGAGCCGAACCGACCAUUGCCUCAUAAACAAACCUUUCCUUCGUAGUCCAAACCCACGCCUCGCUAGCUGCCAACAACGACCGGCAUCCGAUCGAUCGCCAUGGCCGCCGCCGCCGCCUCGUGCCGCUGCAGCAGCGUGGUGUUCGUGGGCAACAUCCCGUACCACGCCAGCGAGGACGAGCUCCGCGCCGCGUGCGAGGAGAUCGGACCCGUGGUGUCCCUCCGCGUGGCCACCGACAACAAGGGCGGCGGCAGCCGCCGGCCUCGGGGCUUCGCCUUCGUCGAGUACCUCGACGACGAGACGGCCCUCAGCGCCUGCCGCAACCUGCACGGCCGGGCCCUCCGCGGCCGCGACCUCCGCGUGGGCCUUGCGCAGCGCACGCCGCCGCCGGACGUCGACGAGGAGCCCGUGGGCGUCGAGGGCGCCACGCACGCCGCGUCGCUACUCCACGCACGCCCCCGCGGCGCCGUCACGUCGUACCUGGCCGGGCUGAGCCGCCGGCAGCUGCGCGAGCUGCUGGACGCUCUGGAGCGGGAGGACGCGGCGCUCAUGGAGCAUGCCAAGCGGGAGUUCGCCGGGCUGAGCACGUUGAUUGAGCAGGCGCGGGUGCUGCUCGACAUGGCUUCGGCGCCUCCUGGCGCCGCCGUGGCUAAGAACAGGAAACGCGGCGCGAGGGUGCAGGACCGGCCCGGUGAUUCACCGGAGUCGGCAACCCAGGCGCCGAAGCUGAGAAGGGUGCAGGACGGCGAGCACGUUCCUGGCGUCGCCGACCGCUGACGGGACUCAUUGAAUUGUUAUUGUUAUGGCUCCUUUUGCACGAAAAUACGGUAGUUGCAUUUUAGGUGCCUGAACUUUUAGGAAGUUUUAUACAAUCACCUAGUAUUUAAAAUGAUAACUUUCAAGAAAUAAUUCGUAAUUUU